AUGCCAGGCAGGUGUCUACUGCAAUCCCUGUGCAAAGGUGGACUUGUUUGGGACGAGCCGUUAUCUAACCUUCGUAGCCUCCGUAACUUGCGAUUUCCUAGGUGUAUAAAGCCUAGAGAGGUUGAUGGUAUUCCACACGCCGAACUUCAUGUAUUUUGUGAUGUAUCGGAGACCGCAUAUAGUGCGGUAGCAUAUUCUCGCUUCCUGGUGGACGCUGAAGUUUUCGCUUGUCUUCUCGAAGGCGCGGGUGGCCCCCUCAAGUCCGUUUCGAUAACAAGGUUAGAGUUAACAGCCAUGUGCUUGGCAGUCCGAGUAGCAGAUUUAAUUAGGGCAAGUACGAAGGACUACCUCCAUCGUAUGGUGUUUUGGACGGACUCAGUGAUUGUUCUGUACUACAUCCACAACGCAUCAUCCAGAUUUUGUACCUUCGUUGCAACUCGCCUAACAGGCAUUCGUGAUAUAUCGUCACCAACUCAAUGGGGACACGUGUCAUUGGGGGACAAUCGAGCUGAAAUUGCCCUUCGUGGGACACAUAACCUUGGUCCACCUCAAUUGACGCGGCCCCAUGGUGUCCAGCUGAAAAGCCUUGUAGAACAGGUUAACCGACUGGAGGGAAAUGACGUCAUGUGCCCGUUAAUGUCUCGGUUUUCUUGUUCGAUAAAGCUACAGAAGGGCUUCAUUGAGCAGCGGUAUUUAUUUCAGCCUGGUCGAGGAAACAAGCUCGAACGAAGCCGAUAUGGGACUGCAGGUUUUCUUGGUCCGUUUGGUGAUCCCGGAGUUGUAGAUCAUAGGCCAGAUCGUCCAAAGCGGGCACUUCCGAAGUUUAAGGCAUGCACUAAUAUACACGGCAGAGAACCGUAUAGGUAUCGUCACCUACUCAAUGGAGACACGUGUCACUGGGGGACAAUCCAGCUGAAAUUGCACCUCGUGGGACAUAUAACCUUGGUCCAGUGCCCUCGACUGACGCAGCUCCAUGGUGUCCAGCUGAAAAGCCUUGUAGAACAGGUUAACCGAUCGGAGGGAAAUGACGUCAUGUGCCCGUCAAUGUCUCGGUUUUCUUGUUGGAUGAAGCUACAGAAGGUCGCGGCUUGGUUGCGGCGGUACCGACAAUAUGCUUAA